GCAUACACGUCUUUUAUUGCACCCUUCAUCCAACCAUGCAGCGCUCCCUCACGUUAACAAUUGUACGGCACUGGGCCCUCCGAAGGAAACUUCUCACAGUUUGCUGUCAGCAAUCCGCGGCUAUGUCUACACUCCUGAUAAACCAGCCCAAGUAUGCAUGGCUAAAAGAGUUGGGUCUAAGUGAGGAUAAUGAUGGUGUUUACAACGGGACUUGGGGAGGUAAAGGAGAGGUUGUCACAUCAUACUGCCCUGCGAAUAACGAGCCUAUUGCCAGAGUACGCCAGGCUACCCUGGCAGAGUAUGAAGAAACUGUGCAGAAGGCGAGGGAAGCAUGGAAAGUCUGGGCUGAUAUCCCAGCUCCCAAGAGAGGAGAGAUUGUGAGACAGAUCGGCGAUGCACUGAGGAAGAAAAUCAAAGUUCUCGGCAGCUUGGUGUCUCUUGAGAUGGGGAAGAUCUACAUUGAGGGAGUCGGAGAGGUCCAAGAAUAUGUUGACGUUUGUGACUAUGCUGUGGGCCUAUCUAGAAUGAUUGGUGGUCCAAUCCUUCCAUCUGAAAGGCCAGGUCAUGCGCUGAUUGAGCAGUGGAACCCUGUGGGUCUAGUGGGCAUCAUUACAGCCUUUAACUUUCCUGUAGCCGUCUACGGCUGGAACAAUGCCAUUGCUCUUAUCUGUGGCAAUGUCUGUCUUUGGAAAGGAGCUCCCACCACUCCACUCACCAGUGUGGCUGUCACUAAAAUUGUAGCAGAGGUGCUGGAGGAGAACCACCUGCCUGGUGCGAUCUGCUCCAUGACAUGUGGAGGGGCUGAUAUUGGCAUGGCAAUGUCCAAGGAUGAGAGAGUGGACCUAGUGUCAUUCACAGGCAGCACACUUGUUGGGAAAAUGGUUGCCAUGACUGUUCAAGAGCGGUUUGGUCGACAGUUGCUGGAGCUUGGCGGCAACAAUGCCAUCAUAGUGUUUGAGGAUGCUGACCUGAACCUGGUAGUGCCAGGUUGUGUGUUUGCCUCUGUGGGAACUGCCGGACAGCGCUGUACCACGACCCGGAGACUGAUGUUGCACGAAAGCAUCCACGAUGUAGUUGUGGAGAGGGUGGCCAAAGCCUACAAACAAGUCCGAAUCGGAGACCCCUGGGACCCAAGUACCCUGUAUGGACCUCUUCACACCAAACAGGCUGUGGAUCAGUACCUGGCCGCCAUCGAGCAGGCCAAGCAGCAGGGCGGCACGCUAGUGUGUGGAGGAAAGGUAAUGGAUCGCCCUGGCAACUAUGUGGAGCCCACCAUCAUCACAGGGCUGGCUCACGAUGCCCCCAUCGUCCACACCGAGACCUUCGUCCCCAUCCUUUACAUCCUCAAGUUCAAGACGGAAGAAGAGGCCUUUGCCUGGAACAACGAGGUUAAACAGGGUCUUUCCAGCAGUAUCUUUACAAAGGACAUGGGUCGUGUUUUCCGCUGGCUGGGACCCAAAGGAUCAGACUGCGGUAUUGUCAAUGUAAACAUCCCUACCAGUGGAGCCGAGAUUGGAGGAGCCUUUGGUGGUGAGAAACAUACUGGAGGAGGACGUGAGUCAGGUAGUGACUCUUGGAAGCAAUACAUGAGACGGUCAACGUGCACAAUCAACUACAGCAAGGAUCUCCCCUUGGCCCAGGGAAUCAAGUUUGAGUGAAGUUUGCUAAAGUUGAUCAGCCAGGAACCAGUCAACCUUGAUGAACCCACAAGGAAAUACACUAACCAUUUGUUUGUGCAGUCUUCUCUGCCAUGUUUAUAUGAUUGGUAUUUGUAGUGGUUACAAAGAAAAGGCUCCUCCAUUUAUUUUCUAGUUCAGAUUAAAACUAACCAUCCUCAUAGUAUGCACCUGGUUGAAAGCACUUAUCUGUAAUUGCCACUUCUGCCUUUUAAUACUGGACCAGAUGCUUUGUACAAAUAAAUCAUGCCUUUAUUUUGAAAAGAUAAAA